UUUUUCCCCCCACCGUUUGCGGGAUUUGCAAACCGAGUUACAUGCAUGUCCAGUGGGGGUAGGUUUAAUUUUGACGAUGGAGGCUCCUACUGCGGAGGCUGGGAGGACGGCAAGGCGCACGGCCAUGGCAUCUGCACCGGCCCCAAGGGUCAAGGCGAAUACACCGGCUCGUGGAGCCACGGCUUCGAGGUGCUCGGCGUCUACACCUGGCCCAGCGGCAACACGUACCAGGGCACCUGGGCGCAGGGCAAGCGCCACGGCAUCGGCUUGGAGAGCAAGGGGAAGUGGGUGUACAAGGGCGAGUGGACGCACGGAUUUAAGGGGCGCUACGGGGUGCGGGAGUGCACGGGCAACGGGGCCAAAUAUGAAGGCACCUGGAGCAACGGGCUGCAGGACGGCUACGGGACCGAGACGUACUCGGAUGGAGGGACGUACCAGGGCCAGUGGGUCGGCGGCAUGCGCCAAGGGUACGGCGUGCGGCAGAGUGUCCCGUACGGUAUGGCGGCGGUCAUCCGGUCGCCCCUGAGGACGUCCAUCAACUCGCUGCGCAGCGAGCACACCAACGGCACCGCCCUGCACCCGGAGGCCUCCCCUGCCGUGGCGGGCAGCCCGGCCGUGUCCCGCGGGGGCUUCGUCCUCGUGGCCCACAGCGACGCCGAGAUCCUCAAGAGCAAGAAGAAGGGGCUGUUCCGGCGCUCGCUGCUGAGCGGCCUGAAGCUGCGCAAGUCGGAGUCCAAGAGCAGCCUGGCCAGCCAGCGCAGCCGGCAGAGCUCCUUCCGCAGCGAGGCGGGCAUGAGCACGGUCAGCUCGACGGCCAGCGACGUCCACUCCACCGUCAGCAUGGGUGAGGGGGAGGCCGACCGACGGUCGGUCAUCGAGGACGACGUUGACGCCACCACCACCGAGACCUACAUGGGCGAGUGGAAGAACGACAAGCGCUCGGGCUUCGGCGUGAGCCAGCGCUCGGACGGGCUCAAGUACGCGGGCGAGUGGGCAGGCAACAAGCGCCACGGCUACGGCUGCAUGACCUUCCCCGACGGCACGGAGGAGGAGGGCAAGUACAAGCAGAACGUCCUCGUCAGCGGCAAGCGCAAGAACCUCAUCCCGCUGCGGGCCAGCAAGAUCCGCGAGAAGGUGGACCGGGCGGUGGAGGCAGCCGAGCGGGCGGCCACCAUCGCCAAGCAGAAGGCGGAGAUUGCAGCUUCCAGGACCUCCCACUCCCGGGCCAAGGCUGAGGCGGCCCUCACGGCGGCUCAGAAGGCCCAGGAGGAAGCCCGCAUCGCCAGGAUCACUGCCAAAGAGUUCUCCCCCUCCUUCCAGCACAGGGAAAAUGGGCUUGAGUGCCAGAGGCCCAAGCGCCAGAACUCCAGCGGGGACGUGGAGGUGCUCUCGGCGGGCACGCCCCUGCAGCAGGAGAGCCCCGAGCUCUACCGGAAGGGCACCACCCCGUCCGACGCGACCCCUGACGACAGCCCCCUGCAGAGCUUCCCCGCCAGCCCCUCGGCCAGCCCGCCGCCUGCCCCCCGGAACAGGGCUGCCCACUUCUCCCGGCAGGUCUCAGUGGACGAGGAGCGGGGCAGGGACAUCCAGAUGCUUCUGGAAGGCAGGGGAGGGGACCACGCCCGCAACAGCUGGGGCGAGGAGAAGGCCGGCGGCUCGAGGGGCAUCCGUGGGGGGGCCCUGCGCAGCUGCCAGGCCGCGGACGAGCACCGGGUCCGGGGCUCAGGCCACAGGCAGCCCGGGAACCCCAGGCCGCGGGAGUGGCGGACGGGGUCCCCCCCGACGUUCUCGUGGACUUCGCGCCCCCGGGCCGGCAACCCCGGCUCAGGGAGCACCAGGCUGGCCGAGCUGGACGAGGAGAAGCUCAGCAACUACGAGAUGGAGAUGCGGCCCCUCCUGAGGAUGGACUCCUACCUGCAGGAGGUGCAGCCCCCAAAGAGACGCUUCGGCAAGGGGGGGCCCUGCCGGGGCCUGGUGGAGGAGCACCCCCCCGAGGACCGGGCCUUCGGGCUGCAGCGGCUGCGGGCUAAGGCCCAGAACAAGGAGGGCCUGCGGCCGGUGGUGCCCACGGAGCCCGCCGUGCAGAAGCUGGAGAGCCUGCGGCGGGCGGCCCCGGCCGGGUCCCGGCUGCUGCGCUGGGACCUGACACUGUCACCGCCCCAGAGGUCCUCGCCCGUGGCCCCGGAGCCCGACGAGGAGAACGGGCGUGAGCUCAAGCCGAGCGUGGGCUCGGCCCCCGUGCUGGUGGCCAUGGUGAUUUUGCUGAACAUCGGAGUCGCCAUCUUGUUUAUUAACUUUUUCAUCUGAGAUUGUCACGGUAGCAAAAUCAACAGUGUGUACAAAAGGGGGAAAUAAUGCAAAACAACAAGAAGGGAACAGUCCAACAAAACUUCCAAGUCUUUUCACAGGAGAACAUGAUUGGGUAUUACUCACAGUUUGCCUUUUUUUCUGGGUAAUGUUUUUUGGAUUUUAGCCAAAAUUCUCUGCUUGUGUAACCCUCCGCUGUGUGGCAUGGCAGAAGGUGGCCAGCACGCCGACCCUCCCAGCUUGACGAGGAGAGAGAAGGGAUCCGGCACGUCACCGUCAUCCUCACGGUCCCUGUCUGGGACAUGGAAGGAGGCAGCAGCCAGUGCAGAAGCUCAGGAAACCUGCAUCCAGCUGUGCCAGGCACAGAUGUGAAAAGUCGACUGUUUUCCUCUGCGUUCUGGAAUGGUCCGGUGACAUGUCUGGGCAUAAGGCAGGGGGCAGGGGCUGUCCCUCCCAGCCGGUGGCAGACCAGGCCUUCUGGGUUCAUUCUGCCCUGCAGAUUUCCGGCGGAGAGAGAAACACGCCUUCUCUUCCCCAUCCAACCAGAUGUUCGCCAGGCCCUGUCUUUCCUCAAGAAGCCCAAUCCCCACCCUUGGGUUUUUAAACAAAGCAAAAUCCUGAUUUGUCCCAGGUCUUUCUCCAACUCGUGUGUCUGCCCCGUCCCAUCUGCCACCAGCCACUGGGGGAGCUGUGCCGUGAGGCCAGCGGGCUGUCCGAGGUCAGGCCAGGUGUGGGGGCAGGUGGGGCUCACCUGGCCACAGCCAGCCUCCGCUCUCAUCCCUGGGCUCUGAGCAUGUGGCACUUCUGCACUUUGUAUGCAGGAUGUAAUGCAGGCUUCCCGAGGCCCCGGGUAGACGGCAGCCCCUUGGUGAUGCAUUUCUUCCUGCGGAGUCGCUGGACUCUGCCAGUUUUAAUUUCUUUGUACCGUGCCUGCCUGGCCCUGCCCGUGACAGGCACAUGCCAUUCAGGUGCCUCGUUCCCACCCCAUGCCAGAGGACAGGAACGUGGUUGACACUCAGUGGCCUGAAACUUCCUGAGCAACUGUGGCGUACCCCUCCCCACCCCCAGAUUGUCCAUCAUAACUCAUUUCAGUCAGAUGAAAACAGAUUCCUUCUGUACCAGCGCUGUCCCACCCUCCCGCCGAAACGAGGCAUGCCAGAAUGUCUGCGUGGCCUGCGUGCCGAGCCGUGGGGACAGCUGGCCCCGGUGUGUGCUCAGUGCCCAAGCCCACGCCCGGGAAGGCCCUCAGGGCGGUUUCUCACAGUCUUUGGGUGCAGCCCGGCUCACAGAUCUGCCUUGCUUUGCUUAUGUUUAGCUGUUUCUCUGCUACCUUUCGAGCAGAUUUCUUUACCACACUGCACUGGAUUGCUAUAUUUUUAACCAGAAAUAAACUAAAGAUUAGAGCAUGUUCCAGUUAAA